AUGACCAUUUCGAGCGUGCGCGUCGCGGCGGACCGGCUCCGCGCGGUCGGUGCCCGGCCCACGCCCGUGCUCCGCUCUGACUGGGUCGAUGCCACCGCUGGCUGUGCCUGCUAUCUCAAGGCCGAGCACCUGCAGCGCACCGGCUCGUUCAAGCAACCACGGCGCGGCUCUCGCCGCCGCGGCCGCCGAGCGAGGCGCGAACGAGGCGUGCCGUGCUGCGUGGUGGUGCCGCGCACGACGCCCGGGGCCAAGAUCGAUAACAUGCGGCGGUACGGCGCGCGCGUGGUGCUGUGCGAACCCACUCAGAGCGCAAGGAGUGAGACGGCAGCCGCAGAGGCGGCAGCGAUGGGCGGCGCUGCAUUUGUGCACCCAUACGACGACGCGGCAGUGCUGGCGGGCCAAGGCACCAUCGGGCUCGAGCUGGCGGAGGAGCUGCCACAGCUGGACGCGGUGCUGGUGCCCGUCUCAGGCGGCGGCAUGGUGGGCGGCAUCGCGGUUGCCCUGCACGCCCUCCGGCCGGGCGUCCGUGUCAUUGCGGUCGAGCCAAAGGGGAAGGGACUCGGCCGCUGCCUCGCUCUCAGCCAGCGUGUCCUCGACCCAGAGGCGGCGAACGGCGCGCUCGACACGAUCGCCGAUGCCAUCCGCACUAAGUGCCUCGGCCCCACGCCGUGGGCGGCCGCCUCACAGCUGCUCGACCCGGCGGUGUUGAGCGUGGAUGACGAUCAGAUCCGCGCUGCCAUGCGCAUCGCGUUGCUCGAGCUCAAGCAGGUCGUCGAGCCUGCGGGCGCACUGACGCUCGCCGCCCUCCUCUCGCCCGCCUUUAAGCAACUGCGGGAGGCGUGCGCUGCACAUGCACGUGCACAACAUGAGCACCAGCUCCGGCACGUCGCCGCCAUCGUGUGUGGCGGCAACAUCGACCUGGAGACGCUGUUCCUCCACGUCCGCACGGGCCCGUGA